CUUCACAACGAAGCCGCCGGAUAGUGAUACGUUAAGAGUGGGAACCCUGGCAGUGAACCCCUACAUAUAACGGGAGUCGUUAAUGAUAAAGUGCAAAUAAUUAAGGACAAAAUACUCGCUAGGCCAAGUUGUUACUGUAUCCUUUUGGCUGAGCUUUGGGGCCUGGCCUCACAACGCUUCCUCUAUUCUUUCACCUUGCUGAGUCUGACCUCUCCUUUUGCAUUUGCACACUGCACUGCUUCCACUGUCCUGCUGCCUGUCUCUUGUGUUGAUGUAACGCCACGCUACCAUCAUCUUCCCUCCCGCUUCCUCUCGCACACAGGGCUCAGCAGCGCGCUGCCAUACCCGCACCACCGCCAUCACGCCACACACGCCAGACCUCACUGCGACACCCUCCGAGUGACUCCACCGCUGCUGAGCGGCGCUUCCCUUCGACCCCCGAGCCCCGGCCCUCAGACACCCAGCCCGCAGCUCCGCCGGCUGGAGCAGCACCAGAGGCAGUUGAUGGAGCUCCAGCAACGCAGGGAGGGACCCAGCGGACCCACAGAGGAGGAGAAGGGGGAGCCAGGCCGUAGGGCAGAAGAGCAGAAAAAGAAAGAAGAGGAGGAGGAGAAGUGGUUGAGGCAGGAGGAGACGGAGAAGCAGAAGCGAGAACUCCUCCACCUCCAGCUUCAGCAGCAGCAGGAGGAGCUGAAGCAGAGGCAGCAGAUCAUGCAGUGGCAGCAGGAGCUCCAGCAACAGCAGUCGUCUCCUAAAGGCCAGUCUGUCGUGCUCCUGUCUCCCUCCUCUGGCCUGUGUACAAUCUAUGAAGCCCUGGAGAACAGCGAAGAGGAGGAGGACGCCGGGACGAAGGAGGGGAAAAGAAAGCAGGAAAAAGCACUUGAUGAUCAGCACGAAAAGGUGACGUCGUCAGACGCCGAUAACAAAAUUAAAAGCUCUUCUUCCUCAUCAACUGCGAGCCCUCCCCUCCCGGCCUCCCCUCACACCCCUACCAGCGGCCAGCUCGCUGACAUUAGUGUCCCGACCCGGUGCGGAGGUUCCUUUACCCCUGCGUCCCCACCUCCAGAGCUGGAGUGGGGUAAGAAGGUGGACAUAGUCCAGCAGCUGAUCAACCAGACGCUGCUGCUGAAUGGAGACGGUUGCUCCCCCUUGCUGCUCCUACCGGGAGGAGGAGGAGGCACACUGAGCCCCCUCGAGAGCAGUCUCUGGCCCACCCUGCUGACCCCGCCCUCAGCCACCGUCACCUCAGUCAGCAGUUUCUCCCCAGAGGCGGCCGGGAGCUCGCCGCAGGGAGAGUGGACGGUGGUGGAGCUGGAAACGCAUCACUGACGAACCGCGAGAAAGACCAGUGUGCGACAUCUCUCCCUCACUGUGCUUGAAUGCUACAGAUUCUAAUGACGGGGGUCGACCGAUAUGUUAUUUUCAGAGCUGAUACUCUUUGCAAUCAGGGAGCCCCGAUAACCGAUAUUUUGGACUAAUAUGCAUUUGCAGUAAAAUUGAAAAUGUUGGGUGUCGAAAUUUAACAAACUCCAACACGAAACUCAACAAAUUGAACUAGACGUUCGCUGUUGCAUUCACGUUCCAUGAGACUCGACAUUAGCUUACAUUAUUAUGACCAUCGGCUACCUUAUAACAUGUAAAAACAAAAACUCACAUGGGCGAGUAAUGUUAACGUUCCAGUUGCACUGGCACCAACGUUAAAGAUGCAGCGAUCGCUGCGUAAACUGUUGUCACAAUAGCUACCUGUAUAUCACUGCAACAAAGUGCACUAUUCUGACAUUUUCAGCGGUGUAACUGGGAAACCGGGCCAUGCUUGUCGUCACAGAACUCGAUCAUAAGACUGUAGCGUUUUUGCGACUUCAGCAUAGAGGAUUGCGAUGUUUAUAGCGGUUUCGGCAAUAUCUGCUGCCUUCAUUUUCAAAACGCAGCUCUGCUGGCUCACGGGAGCUGCUCCGGUCUGCAAAUGCAUUCCUCUGUGGCACAGCAGCCUUCAGCCUUGAUAGGCUAUUUAUUACUCGUGCCGUGUAGCCAAUCCGAUGGGGCUGUGGGCAGGGCGUUGCUCGAGACCACAGAGUGGCGACUACAGACAGGCGGCUGCCUCAGAGCCAAAGUAGCAAAUUUUUUAAAAUUUAUUUAUUUUAUCGGCAAUCGGAUUGGGGGGAAGAAAUCCGACAGUCGGCCGGGCCGAUAAUCGGUCGACCCCUAAUAUAGAGGUGUUGAUGCAAUUUAAUUCAAGAGUUGUGGUACUGUAGAUCAGUGGUUCUCAACAUGGGGUCAGGGCCCUCAAGGAGCUGCCGGAUGGGGGGCCUUGAGAUGAUCAGAAAUGAUUGAAAGUUUCGUUCACAAAAUAGGUAGUAGUUACUUAGCUAAUAAGAGUGGAAACUGCUUAUCGUGAUCAAAGGUCCCUGGAUGGAAUCGGUCAAGUCGGUUUUAUUUGUAUAUUAUAGCCCAAUAUCACAAAUGACAAAUCUGUGCUAACGCUGUUUAAACAAUCUACAUAUUGUGAUCAACCGGUCAGCUUAACGCGAUCAUUCUGGGUUUUCCAUACAUUUGCAAAAAAAGGUACUUCAGGAAAUCUAAUGUUAAAAUAUUUAAUUGUUUUUUUUUUCGUUUACUCCCACGAUACUUAACAGUGCCACCUCAGCUCUGAACAGAUCUCCUCUCAAAUCACCAGAUAGCCUAAAGUGGCUUGGAUUUACUUUUCUUUUUAAGUCUCAGCCUACUAUUAAUGUACUUUAAGCAAUGUUACUGUUUAAGCUACUGAUAUGUUGUUACUGACGGUAGGCUACUGCCUUUCAGUCAAUUUAAUCAAUAAAAUAAGAGAAGCUGUCUGUUUAAUUACCAAGUAUACACACGUCAAUUAGGUGGUCAUCCAAAAUGAGGAAAAAAAACAACUUCGCCGAAAGUGAACGAAUAUUUAUCGUUGAUCAUACUGGCCUGGAUGGAUGCGAUCACGAUAAGUAGUUUCCAAUUCAGCAGAAAGCAAGCAAUUAAUGUUGCGUAAUACAUAGUAGCCUUUUUUACUUCCUGUAGGUGUCGCAUGAAGGAUUUUUGCUUUGUAAAUAUUUGAUGAUGACGACGGCAAAUGUUUUUAGAAUCAUGUAUGCUUUUAUGGUAUUAAAUUGAAUAAACUCAA